ACAGUAGCAAUGGCAGGUCAAGCAACAGUCCAAGCUGCACACACAUACUCGCUGCUAUCAGCGCCUGUAGCCACGCUGCUAAGACAAAACCCCGUUCUCCCUCGGACUCUUUUCAUAAACUCAACGUGACACAGAGAACAGAGAGUGAGAGUGUUCGGAGUGGUUGUUUACGAACGUAUAAUACCCUAGGCUUGAACACGCACUCCAUAACCAAAGAGGAUAGAAGCAGCAACUACAGCAACAUAUCGCUUAUCCAACAGAAGACAUGCAUUGCGGAGCAAUAGUCAAACAUAAGCUCAUAAGUUACAGUCAAUUUCCAGACUAAACUCAGUUUAACAGAGCAUGCUGCAUGCUCUUUAGUUUUGUAGCGCAGAUUACCUGGCUAACUGCAGGAAGCGGUUAGCUGCACAGCUAAUGUAGCCAUUGCUAGGCUAACGCACCAAUUUUAAAACACGGCAAAACGACCAGUUAUACACUUACUUGUUCGGUCUUUGUGGCUGAUGCGGCAGGGAUGCUUGGCACAAACCCAGGCUUCAGUGACAGUUGAUGUGCAAAACCUGCCCUGUACUGUCCCAAGUUGUUGAAACAUUCAUCAAGAAAAUGCUUCCGACAAACAUACACCGUCUUAGGUAGACUCGACGGCGUAUUAUUGGAGUAAAUAAAAUUAAGCCAGCCCUGUGAUGACCUGGCGACUUGUCCAGGGUGUACCCCGCCUUUCGCCCAUAGUCAGCUGGGAUAGGCUCCAGCUUGCCUGCGACCCUGUAGAAGGAUAAAGCGGCUAAAGAUAAUGAGAGAUGAGAUAAAAUUAAGCCACUGCAUCUUCAGGGGCUCUCCCGUCGGCAGUAAAAACAGACUCCUUUCUGUGUUGUCACAUCCAUGUACAGCGCAAUUUCCAUGUUGUUGUGUCCUCUAUGGUCUCACUACAAAAUGUAGUCAUGUGUUCUGCGCAUGCGCAGUAGGCUUCGCGCAUGCGCAGUAGGCUUGAUAGGACAAACAGCAACUUUUGAGUUGGGCGGGCAAUCCAUACAGUGGGUGGGAAUCCAGAGGGUGGGCAUGGGGAUCAUCUCCCUUGCUGACGUAGACAAGAGAAGAGCUUAUCAACGCGCUGUUUUGACGCGCCAUUCUCAAAUGUUGGGCAUAGUUUGGUUUACACAUUAUGAAAUUUCUAGCCACUGGGGUGACUUAAGAAGGUCAGAGGAACUCAUUUUAACGUUAAAAAACCUCAGAAAGUGAAAAUUUCAUGCCAUGGGACCUUUAAAUUCAGUAUACUGUAUAUACGUCUGUAAUACGUUGCCACCCCUCAAAAAUUCCUGCCCCCCUCUUGCCACCCCAUAAAUAUUUUUCUAGAUCCGCCCCUGUUGAAAUGCUUCUUACGAAGCCACUCCUUCGUUGCCCGGGCAGUAUGUUUGGGAUCAUUGUCAUGUUGAAAGACCCAGCUAUGUUUCAUCUUCAAUGCCCUUGCUGAUGGAAGGAGGUUUUCACUCAAAAUCUCACGAUACAUGGCCCCAUUCAUUCUUUCCUUUACAUGGAUCAGUCGUCCUGGUCCCUUUGCAGAAGAACAGCCCCAAAGCAUGAUCUUUCCACCCCCAUGCUUCACAGUAGGUAUGGUGUUCUUUGGAUGCAACUCAGCAUUCUUUCUCCUCCAAACACGACAAGUUGAGUUUUUACCAAAAAGUUCUAUUUUGGUUUCAUCUGACCAUAUGACAUUCUCCCAAUCCUCUUCUGGAUCAUCCAAAUGCUCUCUAGCAAACUUCAGACGGGCCUGGACAUGUACUGGCUUAAGCAGGGGGACACGUCUGGCACUGCAGGAUUUGAGCCCCUGGUGGCGUAGUGUGUUACUGAUGGUUACUUUGUUACUAGACAGUCCCCCCAGUUUUUCGCGAUUCUGCGAUCGCGUGGAUUCACGCGUAAUCAGCCAUAUGCCGCAUAUUUCCGCGAGGCCGCAUAUUUCCUACUAUGUCGCAUAAUUAUCGCAAAAUAACACAAUCUACUGGCGGCAUUGUGGGGAAAAUUGACAUCAUCGGUCGCGUGCGCAGCCAUUUUCACUGAUCAUUUCAUUUUCACGCAUGCGCACACACUCACACGUGAAAGGAUUGGAACAAUCGUUAGUCAUGGCGACUAACAAGUCGCACCUGCCGUCAUUUAUAUCAGCAAGUGACCGAGCGAAGCAAUAUCCCUCAAUUUUACAUGCCAGUGGGGGAAAAUUAUUUUGUAGCCCAUGUAACAAAAGUACUAGACCAUCGCCGAAAGUCAACUAUAGAACACCACUUAUUAGGCCAGAAGCACCUGAAGGCUGAAGAGAGUUGGCGGUCCAGAAGGCAAAGACAAAUGACAAUGACAGAAUCAUCAGAAAACAGAACAACGGUGGCAACAGCUGAACGUGUACAGACUUGUGAAGACUGGGUCCGCAUGUGCACCGCACUCAAUAUUCCACUAUCAAAGACGGACCAUCCCCUGGUGAGACUAUUCCUGUCAGAAAAAGUAAUAAAUGGAGGGAGCAUUCCAAGGUCUCACCAGCUGCAGGAAAAGUACCUGGGAGAUCUUUAUGCAAAGGAGAAGUCUGAAUUAAAGAAAAGGGUAUCUGGGAAACAUGUCGCAGUCAUAUUUGAUGAGACACCUGAUGUUGAGGGAAGGUGCGUUCUCAACAUUUUGCUUGCGCCCCUGGAGAAAGACCCAUCUGGAAGAAUUAUAUCUUACCUGGCCAACACCAUUUUUUUGGAUGUGUGCAACCAUUCCACUGUGUCCAUGUCUGUGGUAAAAACACUGCAGGAGUUUGACAUCGCCAAUGAAAAUGUCAUCGUGUUUGACACAGACAAUGCAGCAUACAUGCUGAAAGCUUAUCGCGAAGCUUUGAAGUCUUUGUUUCCACAGUCCAUUCACAUAACCUGCACGGCACACAUCAUGAAUUUGAUUGGAGGUGCUUUCCGCAAGCCUUUCACUGAACUCAAUGCAUUCAUGAUGCACUUUAGUCAGAUGUUCUACAUGGCAGGAGGACGAAAAAGAAGAUACCUGUCCCACUUGGCAGCCAAAAUGGAAGGCUCCAAGGCAACAAUGGCACCCAAUCCCUGUGCUACCCGUUGGAACUCCUGGUUCUGUGCAGCAGAAUACCACGCAAGACACUUCUCUUUCUACCGAGAGUUUCUUCAGUCAGAAAUGCAGGUUUGUGGUCGUAGUGCCCCAAUGUCAGUGGAAAAACUUCAUGAAGUAUUCGAAGAUCCUGUCCAAGUCCAGUGUCGACAAAUCCAGUUGAGAAUCAUUUCAGACAAGUGCAAGGUGAUGUUGCAACUGUUGGAUGUUUUCCAAAGCAGAACCCCCGUCACAACGAAGGUGUUUAAUUACCUUGAAGACUUGCAGAUGAACCUAGCAGCAAACAAAGCGCUCCAUGAAGAUGUUUGUGCUGAGUACUUCUCUCAGUUUCCCUUGACUGGGGUGCAAAAGUCAGAAAUUCUCAGGCAGGUUGAGGAAGCAUUCGGUGCAGCUGAAGAAAAGGUUACAAAAUACAUGUCCAACGGACAACCUGGGAUUGAGUUUUUGAAACAGGUCAGGGUCUUCCAACCAAAAUGCAUUCCUUUCAUGCCAACUUGCCCAAAAAGCUACAAUGCCAUCCCUGGCUUCGAUUCAGUGCCAAGUGAGGAGCUCAGCAACUACCUCAACAAGUUUGGUCCGGAAGCACUACAAGUUGCUGACAGUGGAACUGUCGACCUUGAUGUGUUUUGGCUUGGCCUGCGAGAAAGGCUCCCAAGCAUGAGCCAGUUGGCUUUGAUGUACAUGAAUGCUGUGUCAAAUUCAGCCGAUGCCGAGCGCAGCAACAGCAUAUACAAACUUGUUCUGUCCAACAGGAGGCGGUCAACAUCAUGUAGCAACCUGAAGGCUCUAGUUUUCCUUUACUACAACCAGAAAAUUCAGUGUGGUCUUUUUGAGUCAGAAGAGCCACAUGAUGAAAUUGACAUGUAAAUGCCCAUGGGACUAUGUUUUUCGUUUUGCUAUUGUUCGGUUGUCUGUUCAUGUUGUCUUCAGUGUGUUGAGGAGUCACAAAAAUGCCAAUGCACCCACAAUCACCCACAAUGCAGCGCCAUCAUGUGAAAAUGUGUUCUUGUUUCUUGACUUAUGGAAAGCAUUAGACCUUUCUCAUUGUCCAGAUGGGAUGGGAAUCACUUAUGUAUUGUGAAUAUGAGAGACUGCCAAUCAUUUGUCUUUUUUGUUUUGGAUAGCUAAUAAUUAUCUAGCAUCACUCAGUACUGGGUUAAGUUCGGUUUUACACUCCAGUAGAAAAGUAAUGAUUCUGGCAAAAAAAAUAAAAAGGAAACAGUGUUUCUCAACCUGUCUGUCGUGAUUUAGUCUUAUUAAGCCUGUAUUCACUUUUUGAUGUCGUUUAAAAGUAAAUAAAACAACAAAAAAGGGGCGCAUAAUUCUUCGCAUAAAAUGAGAAAAUGCCGCCGCAAAAUCAGUGAUUUUGAUCGCAUAAUUCACGAAAAAACAUCGCGCAAUCCUGGUGGGACUGACUAGAGAUGCACCGAUACCACAUUUGUGAAAACCGAUACGAGUACGAGUACUAUCAUUUCAGUACUUGCCGAUACCGAGUACUACCGAUACCGAUACUGUUGAUGUUAUUAAAAUAUAGGCUACCUACAUAUCUAUAAUCUAACACCCGUGGGCCGCCGCAAUGCUCGCAACCACCCACUACAACUCUGCGCACUGACAUUCAGUACCCAGCAGAGGGAGACAACUAGUCAUGAACGAGUGUAUAGAGAAGAAGACUCAGCCGUUACAACCAAACGCUCGUGGAGCUCCAUACCUGUAGAUGGGACGUCAAUUUCCUUGGUCUUAGCGUUGCCCUCAACUGAAACAAGUUGGAAAACUCAAUCAGCCAUUUCUUAAAGCUCUCUCUCUCACUCUUCACUCUUAAACUCUCCCGGUUGGACUCGUACUUAAAAACUCUGCCGGUUGGAUUCACCUAUACAAAAAUCCGAUUUUCAUUUGUUUGUUAGUGAGUAGCCUGUCCUACAAAACCCUUACCUAGGCGAAUAGCCAACAUUAAAAAAGGACAACGUUGGGGAUCUUGGCGUAGGCCUAUCUGCGUAUGGCAGCGAAAGGGAGUGGAGUGUGGAGAGAUGUUUAAAAUGACAGUGUUGGGGAAAGAUGUUGUGACGGCACUGUUUCAUGACUACACAAACACAUCUUCGUCAUGGAAAAAUGGGUUGUUGUCGAACAAUUUUUUUUUGUCUUCUGACGAAAUUAGCCUACGCUCAAUGCUUGAGAUUUACAAUUUUUUUCCUGGGAGAGGCUUUUUUUCCUCGAACGGACACUGGCAAAAGGCGCUUCACGGAACACUAUCGGCGCAUGGUAUAGCCUAUCAUAUUAUGCUCAAGCCUGAGCUCAACAAUGCUUCAGUUUUUUUUUCUCUCUCGAAUGGAACAAAAAGCGCUGCGGGGAACAUUGGUAUCGGCGCAUGGGAUCGGCACUGGUAUCGGUUCAUGGUAUCGGCAACUGUUUGACAAGUACGAGUAUGAGUAUAUUAUGGCCCUUUUCCACUACCCUUUUUCAGCUCACUUCAGCUCGCUUCAGCUCACUUCAGCCCGACACGGCUCGCGUUUCAACUACCAAAAACCAGCACGACUCAGCUCGCUUCAGCCCUGCUUAGCCCCUAAAACUCGCACGGUUUUGGAGUGGGGCUGAA